ACUGGGCUCCGGGGCGCAGCGAGGAGGCAGCCGCGCACAUGGGCUGAGCCCGCGCGGCCAGCGGGCGCGGGAGGGGUAGAGGCGAGCUCGGUGCAGGGGGUGCGGGGCGCACGUUUCCCUAGACGGGAGGCGAGGACAAGGACAGGGUCGGAAGGAGCAGCCUGGAUCACCGCGGGCUCUGCAAAGAUCAGCAGAGAGACUCAAGGGAAAGACUUGCACAGGGUUCCCGGGCGCCACUGGGUUGGGCAAAGCUGCCUCCCAACCGGAGUGGGGGACGCCGUGGGAGCCGGCGGCAGAGAGGAAGGAUGCCCGCGCGGGGACGCGUGUGAGCGCCAGGCUGAGCGCUCGGUUUCGCGUCGCCCCCUCCCUGCGGGCCUCGGAGGAGGUGCCUGGGCAGCCGGGCAGCGGAGCCCGGGCUCCAAGAGAGGGAGAAGAUGCCGUUCCACCAUGUGACCGCUGGCUUGUUGUACAAGGGGAAUUACCUCAACCGAUCUCUGUCCGCAGGCAGCGACAGCGAGCAGUUGGCGAAUAUCUCUGUGGAAGAGCUGGAUGAAAUCCGAGAAGCCUUUCGUGUUCUGGACAGAGAUGGGAACGGCUUCAUUUCCAAGCAGGAGCUGGGUAUGGCCAUGCGCUCCCUGGGGUACAUGCCGAGUGAGGUGGAGCUGGCUAUCAUCAUGCAGCGGCUGGACAUGGACGGAGAUGGGCAGGUGGACUUUGAUGAAUUCAUGACAAUUCUUGGGCCCAAGCUGGUGUCGUCGGAAGGUCGUGAUGGUUUCCUUGGAAAUACGAUAGACAGCAUCUUCUGGCAGUUUGAUAUGCAAAGGGUCACCCUGGAGGAGCUGAAGCACAUCCUGUACCACGCCUUCCGGGAUCACUUGACGAUGAAGGACAUCGAGAACAUCAUUAUCAACGAGGAGGAGAGCCUGAACGAGACCUCCGGGAACUGCCAGACGGAGUUUGAAGGAGUCCACUCACAGAAGCAGAACCGGCAGACCUGCGUCCGCAAGAGCCUCAUCUGCGCCUUCGCCAUGGCCUUCAUCAUAAGCGUCAUGCUGAUUGCAGCCAACCAGAUCCUGCGGAGCGGCAUGGAGUAGCAGCCUCCCACCAGCCACAACCGCGUUGCCAGCUCACUGCGCAUGUGCAUGCCCCGCGGGCAGACUCUGUUCCUCCACACCGGAGAUCUGGACCUAUGGAUGGAUGCAGUUGUUGGUACAGUUCAGUAAAGAACUCAAGUUUGUAGUGUAACCGGGAUCACGGAUCAACUCCAUCUCCUUGGCAGGGACACUAAAGGGCUGUCUUCAAAUGCUUUCAUGGUUUUGUUUCCCAAUGCAAUAAAUACCCGGGAGUUCUCAAUUAUUGCUUCAACCGCCAGUAAGCAACUCCGAAGGGGGAAAAAGACUGCUUUCUUUUCGUCUUGGAAUUCCAGUAGCCAUCCAAGUAUCGUGGUGGCAUCGCAGAGCGAGAAAGAAAAGACAAAUAUGAACAACACUCACCUCCAUCCAGGCCCCGAUUCUUUCAACCCAGGGACCCAAAGAAACUCCCUGCUGAGGUUGACCUCUGGGUUGCUACAGAAAAGGGGACUUUCUAUCUCACCCUGGCUUCCUUCCUCCACCCCGUGGAGACCCCUCCCCCCAAGGCAUGAGAGGGAAAGCCAUUAGGCAGGGCGCAAGCUCCUUGUAGCCACUGCUGGUCUUAUUGCCUUUUCUACAGGACUCCUGUCGGAAGAGCUGGGGCGCUCUCGGUUGGUUUCCUUGGCACUUGGCUUUCUGUUUCUGAAGUCCAUCCCGCACCAGCAUCUUGGAAUCUGCAGAGAGCCUGGCUCCCAGCUUUUCUUGCCUGUGCCACCAUUAGAGAAAAGAAAAAAAAAUCUAUAACCCGGGUGUGUCUGUAACCCAGAAGCAUAGACAGACAAGUGACUUCUCCGUGUUUGAUGCUGUUCUUCCCUAACCACUUACUUUGGACGGGAACUUGUCCUCUAACUCACACCCAUCCCUGCUUCUUGGGAGCAAAGGGUGAAGCUACUGGGGGAGGGGAAGGAUUGAGCCUGGUGGCAAGGAGGCCCACACCCCAGGCAUCCAAAGUAACAGAGGCCCUCUGAGUCGCCAUGCUAGACAAGAUCUGUAAGUUAAGAUUGGUGUACACCUAAACCCUUCCCUCCUCCCGGACUUUCUUAAUGAGUCUUUCCCCAGCUAAGAGAAAGAGGCCUAGAACCUGGAGCAGAAAAACUGGAAGGAUCACAUGGCUCUCUGGGCUGGAUUUUGCUUAAUAGCUCAUGAUAUUCAGAUUAUGCCAGAGAUUCGUUUAAAGAGAAAGGAGAGAGAGAGAGAGAGAGAGAGAGAGAGAGAGAGAGAGAGAGAGAGAUGUUUGAUGGGCGUGGUUGAUGUGGCGGAGACUCGACUCCUGACCACAGGGCGCUUCUGUUGGGGUCUGUUUUCAGCAUCGGGCUGAGACUCUCGUUUCUUUCAGUUUUCCUAGAUUCCCUAUGAAUUCGAGUGUGAGUGGUCAGAUUGCCUGUCACCUAUAGAAGUGCUAGUUCCCUUUGUGCUUUUCUGAGCCCAAGUCUUUAUCUCUGUAGUGAAGUAGUCCUGCUCCUGCUUCUUUGGAUCUCAGCCGGAAGCUUCCUGAUCCUCCUUCCUCCUUCCUUACCCUUUCUUCCAGGCACACUGAGGCGCCAGCAGCCUCUCUCUCUCUCCUGCAGCCGGGUAGGGUUUUUUUUUGGUGCGAUGCCAUAUUCCUCUAGCCCAGCUUCCCUCCCUUCUCCCUCCUUAUUGCCGCCUUAGACUUGGAUCAUGCAAGUUCUCCUCCUAGGGUCUUCCUCUAGCUCACCUCUACAGCCCUCCACGCAAUCGUGUGGAGGGCGGCUGUAGAUAUUUUCCCACUGUAGGGUGUGAAUAUUCACUAAGAGCACAAGUCAAACUAGGUUUGAGCCAUAGCAUAGGCAAGAGAGAGCAAGUCAGAGGUCCUAAGAGCCCAAAGGGGCACAGAGUCACUUCAUAAAACUGCCUGGAGUCUGGCACAUCCAGGCAGCAGCCGGCCUGCCUUUCUUACGGUGCCCUCUGCAAACCUGCCCUUUCCGUUUCUUCCCUAGGCUGAGUCACCAUGGUCCCCUUAGGACCAGACUCCUGCACUAGAACAGGAAGAGACACAGAAUAUUAAUACACCGCACAACUUCCCUCCCCCUAAGUUUCUUCCUGGAGCCAUGGUCUUCUCUCUGCCGGGUGUGCGCAAGAAGGCAAGCAGAGCUGGCAGUGGCAUGCUUCCCUAUCACUUGCUGAUGUUUGAAACUCCAAACUGCAUCCUCUUGGGAGCAUGCUGGAGAAACCAGGCAAAGGCAUCGGAAGUGCAGGAUUCUAAGGACCUAAAAGGGGGCGGAAGCCAUGCUGCAACUGAGAUUAGCUACUGAGGGGGGACAUAUAGAUGUCUUCAAAUGUUGCUUUCUGCAACAUCUGCCCCAUUCUGAAGGAGGUUGAUCCCCAAAGAUGAAAAGUUUAGAUUCCUUCAGCAAUGAAUGGAGAUGUAAUAAUGUUAAAAAAAGGAAGCCUGCACCCUACAAGAAGGGCAUGAGUACCCAUUCCCUUUAAAAACAAAACAAAACAAAAC